AAAGCACAGUGCACACUCACUACUCUCUUGCGCUCUCUCUCUCUAUCACUCACACACACGGUCUCUCUCUCGCAAACACAGUCGGAGGUGAGAAGAGAUGGUCGGGCCGGGGCGGCCGCAGUUUGUGCUAUUCGGCUCGUCGAUAGUUCAGCAGAGUUUCUCCAAUGGAGGAUGGGGUGCUAUUCUUACUGAUCUCUACGACCGUAAGGCAGACAUAGUGCUGCGAGGAUAUUCCGGAUGGAAUUCGAGGCGCGCUGUUCAAGUAUUGGACCUAAUUUUCCCAAAGGAAGCAGAGGUUCAGCCUUCUCUGGUAAUAGUGUAUUUUGGUGGGAAUGAUGCAGUGCACCCUCAUCCUAGUGGCUUAGGUGUUCAUGUUCCUCUACCUGAAUAUAUUGACAACAUGAAGAAGAUCCAUUUUCACCUCAGGAGUCUUUCAGAUAAGACCCGAGCAAUUUUUCUUACUUCGCCUCCCAUCAACGAAGCACUGAUUCGUGAACAUUUUGGUAGUUUACAUGACAAUCAAGUCCGGAAAAAUGAAACCUGCCGUAGAUAUGCUGAAGCUUUAGUAGACUCGUGCAAGCAGUUGAACACUAAAGUCGUCAACCUUUGGACAGCCCUUCAGCAAAGGCAGGAUUGGGCAACAACUUGUUUUACAGAUGGAAUCCAUUUUACACCAGAAGGGAGCCAAAUUGUGGUGAAGGAGAUUCUGAAGGUUAUAGAAGAGGCUGACUGGGAACCUAGCCUCUUUUGGGUGUCGAUGCCAAUUGAAUUGGCCGAAGAUUCGCCUUAUUACAUGGUUCAUCCCAACGAUAAAGGUAAGACCAUCAACGCCUCUUAUGGCAUCUCUAGUUGGAAAAUCAAGUGGACUGCCGAUAAUAUUCGCUCCAAGCUUUGAAACAUUAAGGGCUGUUAAUACUAAUCCAUCAUAAACUCUUAUGUCUAUUAACACCAUGCAGAUAUUGGUCACUGAACUGUUCAUGAUUUCUUAGAAUGUAAUCCAAUAUAGAUUGCGUUUUGUAUAUAAUAGGGUUGCCCUUUACUAGAA